CGACGGACCAGAACUUGUUGCACCACGGAAUGUUUUUGUUGGUGCAAGCCACUCUGUCGGGGCAAUUCAAAGGAGGAAAACAUUCAACUGGAUCUGUGAGAUUGUGUUAUUAAUUACCGUUUUAUGUAGCGAAAUUACUGCGUGGAACAACGUUUUUAAUAAGGUGCCUUUGUUAUUUAAUUUCGGGUCACAAUGGUGGACUGGAGCCCGAUAGCGAAGGUGUACGACCCGCUGAAAGCCGGGAGCAUCGACGGCACGGACGUGGAGCCCCAUGACCGGGCGGUAUGGAGGGCCAUGUGUGCCCGCUACAGGCCCAACAAAGGCGUUGUUGGAGACCCACUGCUCACCCUGUUUGUGUACCGUCUGAACCCGCAGACAACGGAGGACAAACUGCACCAAGUGUUCUCCAAGUACGGAGACAUCCAGCGGCUCCGGCUGGUCCGGGACAUCGUCACGGGUUUCUCCAAAGGAUACGCCUUCAUCGAGUACAAAGAGGAGCGGUCUGUGGUCCGGGCCCGUCGGGACGCCGACAAGCUGGUGGUGGACCAGCACGAAGUGUGUGUGGAUUUUGAACAAGAGAGGACUCUCAAGGGAUGGGUCCCUCGGAGGCUCGGUGGCGGGCAAGGGGGGAAGAAAGAGUCCGGCCAGCUAAGGUUCGGCGGGAGGGACAGGCCGUUCCGAAAACCCAUUAACCUCGGGGUCGGUCCGGUGCAGGACUGGGGCGGCGGUGGAGGUGGUGGUAGAGGUGGAGGUGGAGGCAGGGAGUGGAAUAGACAAGGAGGGAGAGACCGGGAAGAACGAGGCCGACACAGAGAAGAGGAGUGGGGCAGCAGGGGCAGGAGAGAUGACCGGGACAGAGGCAGAGAGAGGGAUGACCGCAGACACGGAGACAGGAGCAGGCACCGGGAAAGGAGAUGAAGUCUUAAAACACUUAAACUGGUCCAAAAUAUCCAAAGUACUGAUUUAAAGGAAGCCAGUGACAAAGACUCCAUGCCUGCCUCAAAUGGAGAACCUUGCAGUGAAGGGGUGUGGCUAGGGGACUGGACUGUUAAAAGGAUUCAAUGACCACUGUCUUGUGUUCUCAUUAGUUCAGUUUGGGUGUGCCAUGGUGAUGAGAUGGCAAUCUGGAGCUGCCAUUCUCAACGGGUACUCUCUGAAUUAUUUCUCAGGGACAUUCGACAUGCUAUUGUGUUGUAAAUUGAGCAGUAAAAGCAGUGCAGCACAAUUCGCCCUAUAAAAUAACUUUCUUGUGCAUCACAUAAUAGACUUUUAUAGGCUUGCCAUAUUUAUUAUUUCCAGCCAAGUGAAGCCUCAUAGACAGGAGGAAAAGUAGUCUAAGACUGAAAUAUGCAUUGUGAAUAGGCUCAGAAGUUCAAUUAAAUGCAUACAUAGGAUAAAAAAGUAUAACGAUGAUGUCAUCAUCCAUUGUGAUGUGUCAAUGUGUAUAGUCAUGAUAUAUUACUUCAGUAGACAUCACCAAACCUUGAUUUACUGAAUAGAUGCAUCUACAGUAGGCACACCUUUGUUUAUUUUCUUGUUGGUUCUUUGCAAUGCUGAAAAAAAUACUGUAAAGAAAUCAA